UUUGGGACACAGCCAUAAUGUAAGAAGGCGAGAAAUUUCAAAACCACUCCCUCCUGCCAUUCACUCUCUCCCGCUGCCAGCAGCAGCAGCUCACUCUAUGCCUCUGCGUGCGGUUCUUGUCCGCCUGUUUAAAAUGGACCAGGACUGGCGAGCUUUAGCCACACAGCGAGCUGAGUACGUGUCCGACCGUAUCCGCGGGCUGCUGUCCUCCGGCUCGGACUUCCUCCGGGCCGAGCUGGGGCUUGAUCUGGGGAUAAAGCCGGAGCAGUACCCGUCGUGGCUGAUUCUGAGCGCGGCGCUGCUCGGGCUGACUGUGCUGGUGCUGCUCGCGGCCUGUGGACGGAGGAAGCGCCGAGCUACGCCCGUUCCUGUGAGUCCCAGCACCGCCGCUGCCGGGACCUCGGUGAAGGCCGCCGUACCACCGAAGUCUGUGAAGACCGAGCCGAGCGAACCGAAAAAGAAGAACAAAAAGAAAGCAGCCGAGAAGAAGGCCCAGGCCAAUGGACAGACCGUGGCUGGACCUCAGGAGGACAUUAAAGUCAUCGAGGAGAAGAAGAAGCCCCCUCCUGCACCUGCACCAGCACCUGCACCAGCACCAGCACCAGCACAGAUACCUGCGGACACAAAGACCAAGAAAAACAAGAAGAAACCAAAACCAGAUGUGAAGCCAACCCAAGAUGUUUCCUCCGCCGUAGGCAAGGAACCUGAUGAAGGUAUGAAACUGGCAGGUGCUUGGGAAACCAAGGUCAGUAAUCGAGAAAAACGUCAGCAGCGCAAAAAAGAGAAGGGCCCUGGUGACAGCUCUGGGAGCCCUGAGGUUGGAGAUCGUGCCAGUCAGAAGGUAGAGCAACCUGCAGCUACAGCCCCAGCCCCAGCUGGCCCCAAAAAGAACAAGGAGUCAUCACGUGCCAAGGCCUCGAAGGGUGACACCAUUAUACCCUCAGUGUUGUCUAACUGGAAGGAUGUGAACUCUGUUAAUGGUGGAGGAAGGACAGAGGUUCCUGCGAAGCCAACCCAAACAAAUGCUUUAAACAACGAGAAGUUGUCUGCUGGGAGAAAGCCCCCUGUGCACAAGAACCGUGAGAACACCACCAGGAAACAAGAGUCUGAGGGUUUGGAUGGUAGAAUUAAGGCAGAACCGAACCCAGUAAACCUGACAAUGCUCGGACUGAACCCAUCAGGUGGAGAGACUGGGACUAAAUCUAACUCUGAAAUCAGGCAAUGGGACAGUAGACCCACCUUUGACAGUCAAUGGCCCAACUUCAAUGGUCUUGCCACUGAGGACCUGAGCUCAGACUGGAACGCUCCAACUGAGAUAUGGGACAAUUAUGUGGAGCAUAAAGUAGAUCCCCCCGCUUUGAAAGAGAUGCCAGUUUCCAAGCCACUUGUGGAAUCUAAUGAUGACAACGACAAGGUAGAUCCUGCAGGAGGUGGAAAAUCCAAAAGACGAAAGAAAAAGAAGAGACCGGAAGAAGACGGUUCAGCUGUUGAGGUGACUCAAGUAGGUUCUGCUCCUGCAGAGAAGAGUGUGACUGUCAAGCCUCAUCCUCCUCAUGUUCCAAAAGAUGAGGGAUCCAAGCAAAACAUCCCUCCACAGUCUUCACAAAAGAAAUCUGAUGAGAAUUGGGAACCGCCGAAGCAAGUUCAGAAAAAAAAGGCCAGGAGAGAAACAUGAACCGUGAAUAACAUCCAGGAUAGUUUAUGCAAAUAGAUUAUGCAAUAAUUUCACAGUACAGAAUUUUAUACUGAAUAAAUUUACUGUGCUUUAAAAAAAAAAAAAAAAAUCCAAAAUAGAAACACAACUGAGUUGGGGGAACUCUGCGCAAAAAAACAAAACAAAAACAAAUCUAGAUUAAAGGUGAGCAGUCCAUGGGCUGGAACACUACUAAGUGCACUAUUACGCUACACUGAAGUUUAUCAAGGACUACCUAUCAUCCUUGAUAUCAGACAUGCUUUUAGUGGAGCAAAACAUUCAUGAUGAUUAUUUUCCAAAUGCUACUAAACUGAUUUUGAAGUUGGAGUGUUGAAUUUCAUUUGGGAAAUUAAGGAUCUACUUGCUUUCUCUCUAUUACUGUUCUUGUGGCACUUUAGUGCUGCUGCAGUUCAGCAGUUACUGUUAGAAGCCACAGAGAGGCGCUGCGAGCCGGCGUCUCCUCCAGCAGUACUUCUGUGACAUUAGCUUGAGCAGUAAAAGGUGAAUUACUGUAAUCCUAUAGAUUGCUGUGGUGGAAAACCAGAGAACGGUUAUAUUACAGAGAACUUUUUUAAUGCUAAACCUAUUUUCUUAGAGCUUUUCUUCCGUCCUGAUUACAUAUAUAUAUUUUACCCAUGUAACUGGGCAUGUGGAUCUUGAAGAUGUUAUGACUCUUCCCUUUUUAAUCAAUUACCAGUUGACUCUAAUGCUUUAUUUCCUGCAAACUAAAGUAGAAAAAGCCUCGCCAUAUGUAUAAAACUAUAAGGGCUUUUUUCCUAAGGUAAAACUCUUUGUAAUUGCACUGUGCUGAAGGUUGUAAAAUACCAUGUGUAUUUACUUUUUUUUUUUUUUUUUUUUUUUUUCUUGCACAAUGUGAACAUUUGAUUUUUGUUCAUGUUCGUUUUGACUGAGUAAGUUAGUAGGUUUAUGUGAUUUUAAUCGGGAACGUUGAUGAUGAUUAGCGCAGCUUUAAUUCCAUGACACUAAAACAGUAUAAGUAUCAGGAAUCUGUUGCCUUAAUCUAUACUUAGUAGUGUAUGCUUUCUGUCCUCUUCCUCAUUUUGAAGUCUUUUUUUUUUGUUUCAGAUUUAAUUGAUGUCAGUGUUGCACUUGCAUGAAGUUAUUAACCAUUUAUAGUGAUGAACAACGUCCUGAUUCUCUGUCCGCUCGUGCAAGUACCACUCACUGUAAAUAGGCUUUAAUGAAUGAUGAUGAUGAUGAUGAUGAAUGGAUGUGGGGUGGGUUUGGGAGGGGGGAUUUUUAAUGCAUAUUCAUAUUCGGGUUGACUUAGUGGUGUUUUGCCAAUGGUCUUUUUGUAAAUUUCAGUAGAUCAUGUCUUUCUAAGGCACACUGGGCUAGCAUCGGAUGCCUGCCUUGGUUUAUCAUUCUAGAGGUUACUCAAACGAUGAUGUAUUUCUACCAGUUUAUGGAUUUAAGAAUGAUCAUGUUUACUUAAGACAAUGCAAUAUUUCUAUGUUGAUUUGUUAAAUAAAAGAAGAUCGCUCUUUGAGCUUAGAGCUGUUGAUUUGUUAAAUAAAAGAAAAUGCUGUUUGGGCUCAGA